AUGGACUCUCAAACACUCUUCAAUGUCAAGGACAAAGUCGUCCUCAUCACCGGAGGGGCAAAGGGCAUAGGCCGCAUGAUAGCCGAGGGCUUCGUGGUCAACGGGGCAAAGGUCUACCUGGCCGGGCGUGACGCCAAGGCUCUGGACGAGGCGGCCUCGGAGCUCAACCGACUCCUCCCACGGCCGGCCUCUCCCUCCUCGGGACCGAGCGCCGUGGUCCCCAACACGGUGGUCCCCAUCCCGGCCGACCUCCAGCACAUACAGGACUGCGAGAGGCUGGUGAGGCUGGUGGCCGAGGCCGAGCCGUCGCGCGGGCUGCACGUCCUGGUCAACAACGCGGGCGCGACGUGGGGCGCGGACGUGGACACGUACCCGGACAGCGCCUGGGCCAAGGUGCUCACGCUCAACCUGCAGAGGGCCUUCACCCUGACGCAGAUGUGCCUGCCGCUGCUGGAGAGGGCGGCCACGGCGUCGGACCCGUCGCGCGUGGUGCACAUCGGCAGCAUCGACGGCCUGCGCGUCCCCGCCGUGGCCAACUACGCCUACUCGGCCUCCAAGGCCGGCCUGCACCACCUGUCGGCCCACCUGGCCAGGGACCUGGGGCGGCGGCACGUCACCAGCAACGUCAUCGCCUGCGGGCCCUUUGAGUCCAAGAUGAUGAGGGCUACGCUCGAGGCUAUGGGGCACGUCAUCCGUUCCGAGUCGCCGGUCGGCAGGAUCGGUGAGCCGUCGGAUGUUGCCGGCACGGCUCUGUUCCUCGCAAGCAAGGCUGGGUGA